AUUCAAGAAAAAUAGAAAACAAGUUAUUUUUGUGUUCGUCUCCCACACCGCAACUCUCAAAUCGGUUUUUCGUACACAGAAACAAAGAUUUGCAGGCACAGAUUCGUCUUUGAGCUAUUCAUUUGUGGGUUUGCUUAUCGAUCUGUUCAAUCUAAAGUGUUUGAUUCAUUGGAAAAAGCUCUUGAAGAUUCGUUACGGUCCGAUCCAGCGUUUCAGUUGGGUGAAUUUCUCUUUGGGUUUUUGCGUGAAGAUUUUGCCAAGAUUUUUGGUUGAAGCAUGAGCAUCGAGAGCCCCGGUGAAGGGGAGAAAAGCUAGGGUUUUGCUUUUUCGGCAUUGCGAGCGAGUAUUUCCAUGGGCGAUGGAGGUGUUGCAUGUGUGCCUUCGCUGCGAUUCUCUAUUCCCGAGACAUUUUGCGGCGGUAAUGACGGUGGUAAGUUUAAUAUCAAGGUUACAGAAGACAAGGUAAAUAUGAAGCUGGCGAGACGUGACAAGUUUCCUUUAAAAACUGGAGAGCUGUGUGAUGAUAAUAGUGAAGAGUUGUCAGUAGAAGAGAGAGAAGAUAAAGUUGUUGGAAACGGGCAUAAAGAAGAAGUUGAAGAGGGUGAAUUGGGAGAAUGGGAGAAUGGGGAGUUUGUCCCUGAAAAACCUAGAAGGUUUGAAAUCAAGAGUGAAAUUGAAAAGGGAGAGUUUGUUGCGGAUAGGUGGAGAAAAGGGGAGGUGGAGAAGGGCGAGUUUGUUCCAGGUAAGUGGCGAAAAGGAGGGUCGCAAAGUGGGGAUUACUCGAAUAGGAGGAGGGAGUUUGAGAAUUCUGAUCCAGGGCUGUCGAAAGGAGCUAAAGAUGAAGUGGAGAAAGGUGAAUUCAUCCCAGACCGAUGGCAGAGAGAUGACAAUAGCUACUUGAAAAUGCGACGCCAUGAUUCUGCCAAGGACAAAGGGUGGAAGUCGGAGCGCAGCAGGACACCAUCUUCUGGCAAGUAUUCAGGCGAAAAAGAGUGCAACAGAAAUGGAAGCCAGUAUACCAAAAAGUCUGCAAGGUGGGAAAAUAAUAACAGAGAGAGGACCCCAAGGAUCAGCUCAAAAAUAGUAGACGAGGAAGGGCUGCUAAAGGAUGACUUUAGCAACGGUAAAAGCCAUGCAAGAGACUUCCCUUUAGGGAACCGUUUGAAGCGGCACACUGUUCACGGCGAUAGCAGUGACAGGAAACAUCAUGGUGAAUUUAAUGAUUACGCACCCUAUAAAAGCAGGAGAAUUUCUGAUGAUGGCAGCCGGUCCGCGUACAAUCCAGAUCACUCUUACAAAAAUUCUUUGUCUACUCGAAAUGUUCCAUCAGACAGGUAUUCUUCUAGGAAUUGUGAAUCUCCACUUUCUAGGCCAGCAUACGACAGACAUAAUAAUAGUCCACGUCAUCCUGAGCGGUCCCCACGUGACCGGGUCCGUCAGCAUGAUCACCGGAGUCCAGCCCGCCGUGAUAGGUCCCCAUAUGGUCGAAAUCGUCAUUAUGAUCACAGAAAUCGGAGCCCAAGUUAUUCGGAACGAUCCCCACGUGAGCAAACACGUGGUCAUGAUCGUAGGGAACGAACUCCAAAUUUAACGGAAGCUUCCCCACAUAAUCGUGGUAGGGCCAGUAAUUAUCGAGAGAUUAAUCGAAAGACAGGCUCAAGUGAAAAAAGGAAGAGUCAUUAUGAGAUUAGAAGCCAAGAAGAGAAAGUGAAUUCUAGGGAGCCUAUUGGAAGGGAGGUACAGGUCUUGGCAAAAGAGUCUGAAAUAAGGACCACUCUGGAUGCUUGUGAUGGUUCUGCUGAGAAAAAUACUCGCUCAACAUUCCACAAGGAAGACUUGAAGCAAGCCCAGGAGGUCAAUGGAGCUGCCGAGGAACUGCUUUCUAUGGAAGAAGACAUGGAUAUAUGUGACACCCCACCACAUGUUCCUGAGGCUGAGACAGCAGUUUCAACCACAGGAAAAUGGUUCUACCUAGAUCAUCUUGGUGUGGAACAGGGACCAUCUAGGCUAUGUGACCUAAAGAUACUUGUGGAAGAAGGUUUUCUUGUGUCAGACCACUUGGUCAAACACCUGGACAGCCAAAGAUGGGUAACUGUUGAAAAUGCAGUUUCACCAGUAGUGACUGCUAACUUUCCUUCCAGCUUUCUUGACUCUGUUACUGAGCUGGUUAGUCCCCCUGAAGCUCCUGGAAAUUUGUUAGUAGAUGUUGGUGAGUUGGCCUCAACUAGUACUCAGGUAGGUGAAGAGGUGUUGGCUGUUUCUGCAGAAACAAGUAAUGCCUCAGACUCUCAAGAAGGGCUUCGCAUUGACGAAAGAGUUGAAGCACUUUUUGACGGCUUUCCGAGCAUUCCAGGCAAAGAACUUGAGACUGUUGCUGAAGUGCUGCAAAUGACAUUUUCCCAUGGUGAGCUGCAGAGAUGGGGAUGCUCAGAAGGUUUCACAUUUCAUCAAUGUGAGUUUGCGGAUCAUGAUAGUCUCAAAACGGGUGAGGACGUAUCCAGUCACACUGAGUUUCCAUCUAAAGAAGUUGCAGAUAUAAGGCCAGCUGGACCUGCACCUUCUGACAAGGAUUGUUCAUUCGAGUUUGGAGAUACUUGUGACUGGUUUUCUGGCCGAUGGUCAUGCAAGGGUGGGGACUGGAAGAGGGUUGAUGAGGCUGCUCAAGAUAGAUUUUGGAGAAAGAAGUUCGUGCUUAAUGAUGGUUAUUCUCUGUGUCAGAUGCCAAAGUCUGGGCAUGAAGACCCUCGUUGGCAUCAGAAAGAUGAGUUGUAUCAUUCUUCUCAUGGCAGGAGGCUUGAUCUUCCGUCUUGGGCCUUUAACCCAUCAGACGAGUCUACCGAGUACAGGUCAAGUCAAACAAAAAAUUUCGGUGUGAGAGGAGUGAAAGGAAUGAUGCUUCCAGUGAUCAGGAUAAACACUUGUGUUGUUAAGGAUCAUGGUUCAUUUGUAUCAGAACCUCGCAUGAAAGCUAGAGGGAAAGAAAGAUACUCUUCGAGGCCUAGUCACCGCUAUGGUGUGACUAAUGAUUCUAAGAGAUCAUCGGAGGAAAGUGUUUCUCGCAGGAAAAAUACUCAUGAACAAGGCCAUAAUUCCUCUUGGAAGAGCAUCAUGUCUCUUAGUAUGCCCAAAGAUCAUCUUUCCACUAGAGAUGACUUGCAAUUAAAUCUUGGUGAUUGGUAUUAUCUUGAUGGUGCUGGUCAUGAGCGGGGGCCAUUGCCAUACUCGGAAAUUCAAAUCUUGGCUGAUCAAGGUAUCAUCCAGAAGCAUAGCAGUGUUUUCAGGAAGUUUGAUAAACUGUGGGUCCCAGUUACCUCUGCUGCAGAAGUUGCAAGAAAGAUUGAUACGGAGAACUCUAGUGAUACAUCUGGAGCAUCAGCUUUGGAAACCGCAGAUGCUAUACAGAGUGGAACCCAUGCAAUUUCUAGUUCAUUCCACAAUUUGCAUCCUCAGUUUAUUGGCUAUACUAGAGGAAAGCUUCAUGAAUUGAUCAUGAAGUCGUACAAGAGUCGGGAGUUUGCUGCAGCCAUAAAUGAGGUUUUAGACCCAUGGAUCAACCUGAGACAGCCGAGGAAAGAAAUAGAGAAAAGCAUAUAUAAUCCAGCCAUCACUAACAAGUUCGCAAGAUCAGAUCAAGCUAACAAAAGAGCUCGUUUUGUGGGUGAUGGAUUUGAUGGAGAUUAUGAAUUACAAGAUGGUGUAUCUACAUUGGAAAAGGACGAAUUCCCGUUUGAAGAUCUGUGUGGUGAUGUUACCUUCUGCAGAGAAAAAAGCGGGGAAUCAGUGGGGGAGAAUGAAAGUUGGGGUCUACUAGAUGGACAGGUGUUGGCAAGAGUUUUCCAUUUCCUUAGAACUGAUAUAAAAUCUCUUGUUUAUGCCAAUUUGACUUGUAAGCACUGGAGAUCUGUUGUAAAGUUCUACAAGGAUAUCUCUAGACAGGCUGACUUGUCUUCGGUGUCAAAUUGCACAGACUCUAUGAUCCACAACAUAAUGAAUGGUUAUAAUAAAGAGAAAAUUACUUCCUUGGUUCUACGUGGUUGCACAAAAAUAACUCCUGGCAUGCUUGAAGAAAUUUUGGGGUUGCUCCCUAGUCUAUCAUCUGUAGAUAUCAGAGGUUGCAGCCAGUUUGAAGACUUGGCUUGUAAAUUUCCAAAUAUCAUAUGGGUCAAGAGCCGGACCUCACAGUCAACAAUGGGGAGCAUCAAGCACUUGAGUGAAAGAACUUCAUCAGUUUUUAGAACUUAUGAUAGUCGGGAUAGUCAUGUGGAGGAUUCUAGUGGGCUUAGAGAUUAUUUCGAGUCUCUGGACAAGAGAGACGCAUCAAAUCAGUUAUUCCGAAGAAGCUUGUACAAACGUUCCAAGGUAUUUGAUGCCAGAAAAUCAUCGUCAAUGCUAUCUAGAGAUGCCCAGUUGAGGCGUUUGGCAAUGAAGAAAUCUGAAAAUGGGUACAAGAGGAUGAAAGAAUUUCUAGCUCUGGGUCUGAAGGACAUCAUGAAGGAGAAUACAUUUGAAUUUUUCAUUCCAAAAGUGGCUGAAAUUGAGGGUAAAAUAAGAAAUGGUUAUUAUGCCGGGCGGGGGUUGAGCUCUGUGAAAGAUGAUAUUAGACGAAUGUGUAGGGAAGCUAUAAAAGAAAAAAGUAAGGGGGAUGUCAAAGAUAUGAAUCGCAUCAUCACAUUAUUUAUCCGGCUUGCCACAAGUUUGGAAGAUCGUUCCAAAUUUUCGAUCGAGAAAGAUGCGAUGAUGAAGAAUUGGAAAGAUGGCUCUCCUCCAGGGUUCUGCUCUGCUUCAAAGUCAAAGAAGCUCAAUAGAGAAAGAAAGUACACGGGUAGAAGUAGUGGAUUUAUUAAUGGCAGUACUGAACAUGGGUAUUAUGCAUCUGAUCGUGAAAUUAGAAGGCGUUUAUCCAAGUUAAACAGAAAAUCUCUGGAUUCAGGAAGUGAUACAUCUGAUGAUCGUUCAAGGUCAUCGGAAGAAACAGAGACCGACAGUGAGAGUACUUCCUCCGAUACUAAUAGUGACUUGGAUAUGCGAUCAGAAAGCGGAGCAGUGGAGUCAAGAGGGGAUGGUUACGUUAGUGCAGAUGAUGGAUUUGAUUCCUUGACUGAUGACCGUGAAUGGGGUGCUCGCAUGACAAAGGCGAGCCUUGUUCCACCCGUUACUAGGAAAUAUGAAGUAAUUGAUCACUACGUUAUUGUAACAGAUCAUGAAAGCGUGCAAAGAAAGAUGCAAGUCACUUUACCUGAAGACUAUUCUGAGAAGCUCAUUGCCCAGAAGAACGGAACUGAGGAAUCCGACAUGGACUUCCCUGAAGUUAAAGACUAUAAACCUAGGAAGCAGCUUGGAGAUGAAGUGAUAGAACAAGAAGUUUAUGGCAUAGAUCCAUACACUCAUAAUCUUCUAUUAGAUUCUAUGCCAGAGGAAUCGGAUUGGCAUCUUUUGGAUAAGCACGUGUUCAUUGAAGAUGUGCUUCUCCGCACCUUGAAUAAGCAAGUCAGAGCUUUCACAGGUACUGGCAAUACUCCUAUGAAGUAUUCAUUGAAGCCCGUGAUCGAGGAUAUACUAAAAAGUGCCAAAGAAAACCAUGAUGCACGGACAGCAGAGCUUUGUCAGUAUAUGCUGAAGGCUAUGGGUAGCCGUCCUGAUGAUAAUUAUGUUGCUUAUAGAAAGGGGCUUGGUGUUGUUUGUAACAAAGAAUCUGGUUUUGGUGAGGAAGAUUUUGUUGUGGAGUUUUUAGGAGAGGUUUAUCCUGCUUGGAGAUGGUUUGAGAAGCAAGAUGGUAUUCGUGGUCUGCAAAAAGACAGUAAAGAACCGGCACCUGAGUUCUACAACAUCUAUCUUGAAAGGCCGAAGGGUGAUGGCGAUGGUUAUGACUUGGUUAUAGUUGAUGCAAUGCAUAAAGCCAACUACGCUAGCCGGAUUUGUCAUUCGUGUAGACCAAAUUGUGAAGCAAAAGUUACCGCUGUUGACGGUCAGUAUCAAAUUGGCAUCUAUAGCGUACGGCCUAUUGUAUAUGGAGAAGAAGUUACUUUCGAUUACAACUCUGUAACAGAGAGUAAAGAAGAAUACGAGGCAUCUGUUUGCUUAUGUGGAAGCCAAGUUUGCCGAGGGAGUUUUCUGAAUUUGACUGGUGAAGGGGCUUUCCAAAAAGUGCUCAAAGAAUGCCAUGGAAUUCUAAAUCGGCAUCAAUUGAUGUUGGAGGCUUGUGAAGUGAAUUCUGUAUCAGAAGAAGAUUAUAUUGAAUUGAGUAAAGCCGGACUCGGUAGUUGUUUGCUUAGUGGGUUGCCGGAUUGGCUGGUUGCAUAUACCGCUCGGGUGGUAAGGUUCAUCCAUUUUGAAAGAACCAAGCUUCCGAAGGUGAUUUUAACUCAUAAUUUGGAAGAGAAGAGGAAAUACUUGAUAGAUAUUUGCAUGGAUACCGAGAGAAAUGAAGCUGAAAUUCAGGCUGAGGGUGUUUUUAAUCAAAGGAUUCAGAAUUUGGCUCUUACGCUGGACAAGGUGAGAUAUGUGAUGCGAACUGUUUUUGGAGAUCCAAAGAAAGCUCCACCAUUAUUAGAGAAGCUUACUCCCAAAGAGGUAGUUUCUUUCAUCUGGAAAGGCGAGGGAUCUUUUAUCGAGGAACUUAUUCAAUGUAUCGCACCUCAUUUGGAAGAUGGACACCUGAAUGAUCUGAGGGCCAGUAUUCGUGCUCAUGAUCCAUCUUCUGACGAUGUUCAAGGAGGGCUUCGAAAAUCUUUGUUAUGGUUGCGAGAUGAGGUUCGAAACCUUCCUUGUUCAUACAAAUGUCGGCAUGAUGCUGCUGCCGAUCUGAUACACAUUUAUGCUCACACAAAGUACUUUUUUAGAGUUCGGGAGUAUGAGACGGUCGUAUCGCCACCUGUUUACAUUAGUCCUCUCGACCUGGGCCCCAAGUCGGCUGAAAAAUUGGGACCGGGAUUCCAUGAAUACCGCAAGACAUAUGCCAAGAACUACUGUUUAGGACAGCUGAUCUUUUGGCAUAACCAAGCUUAUGCAGAGCCAGAUUCCAACCUGAUCAGAGCGAGCAGGGGUUGCUUAUCGUUACCGGAAAUUGGCUCCUUUUAUGCCAAAGUCCAGAAACCAUCACCACAGCGUGUCUAUGGCCCAAGAACUGUCAAGUCCAUGCUUGCUAGAAUGGAAAAGCAGCCCCAGAAGCCGUGGCCCAAAGACAAAAUAUGGUCAUUCAAGAGCAAUCCGAAAGUUUUUGGUAGUCCGAUGUUAGACGUGUUAUUAAGCAAGGCUCCUUUAGACAAAGACUUGGUGCAUUGGUUGAAGCACAGACCACCUAUUUACCAAGCCAUGUGGGACCGAUGACGGACCGACGACCUAACUUGAGAAACUGAGCCCUAGAUUCGAUUCGUUGCCCAAAACCGAGGCCACAACAUGGUGUUAUAAAUCGGUCGGGCGGACAAGAAGCAUUUCUGGGUGGCUUCUUUUCAUAUUCUUGUGUACAGUUACAGUCCCUUUCUUUUUGCUCUUUUGUAGGUCUUGUAAUUUGUAAUUCAUUAUUGGGUAGGUGAAGUAAAAGUAAAAGUAAAAGUAAAUUUUUGUUUUUUCUUUUUGUUUAUGGUUAUUUACCUCAUUAUAUCAGAAGAAGUGAAAAGGGAAAAUGAAACAUCUUUUUGAGGUUCUUA